AACUUCGUGCCGGAAGUGAUUAUUCCUCAGCGCCUUAGGAGUGGAGAUGCUCGGGAUAGCCGAGUGGAGUGAUCAGGGGGACGGUUAGCGAGACGGGCGCAGCGUGGACCCGGGGCGGACGGCUGGCUCGCACUCAGACCAUGAGCUACACCAGGCCUUGGGGAGAAUGGUUCCUGAACCUGCGGGUGCGCCCCGCCGGGGUGUUCUGCGUGGCUUUCCUAGCCCGGGUCGCCCUGGUUUUCUACGGUGUCUUCCAGGACCGGACUCUGCUCGUGAGGUACACGGACAUAGACUACCACGUGUUCACGGACGCCGCGCGCUUCGUCACGGAGGGGCGCUCCCCUUACCUGAGGGCGACCUAUCGCUACACCCCGCUCCUGAGUUGGCUCCUCACUCCCAACAUCUACCUCAGCGAACUCUUCGGCAAGUUUCUCUUCAUCACUUGCGAUCUCCUCACCGCCUUCCUCUUAUAUCGCCUGCUGCUGCUCAAGGGGCUGGGGCGCCGCCAGGCGUGUGGCUACUGCGUCUUCUGGCUGCUCAACCCCUUACCCAUGGCGGUGUCCAGCCGAGGCAACGCGGACUCCAUCGUCGCCUCCCUGGUGCUCACGGCCCUGUACCUAAUAGAGAAACGGCUGAUCGCGUGCGCCGCGGUGUUCUACGGCUUCGCGGUGCACAUGAAGAUGUACCCGGUGACCUACAUCCUCCCCAUAGCGCUCCAUUUGCGGCCCGAGCGCGACAGUGACGAGGGGCUCCGCCAAGCCCGCUACUCUUUCCGGGCUCGGCUGGACGACUUCCUCAAGAGGCUCUGCAGCUGGGCGGUGCUGCUCUUCGUAGCCGUUGCAGGACUCACGUUCUUCGCCCUGAGCUUCGGCUUUUACUAUAAAUACGGCUGGGAGUUCUUGCAGCACACCUACCUCUAUCACCUGACUAGGAGGGAUAUCCGCCAUAACUUUUCUCCCUACUUCUACAUGCUGUAUUUGACUGCAGAGAGCAAGUGGAGCUUUACCCUGGGGAUCGCUGCCUUCCUGCCGCAGUUCAUCCUGCUUUCGGCCGUGUCCUUUGCCUAUUACAGAGAUCUUCUCUUUUGUUGUUUUCUUCAUACGGCCAUCUUUGUGACUUUUAACAAAGUCUGCACCUCUCAGUACUUUCUUUGGUACCUCUGCCUCCUGCCUCUGGUGAUGCCACUCGUGAGAAUGCCUUGGAGGAGAGCCAUAGUGCUCUUACUGCUGUGGUUUAUAGGGCAGGCCUUAUGGCUGGCGCCUGCCUACGUCCUAGAGUUUCAAGGAAAGAACACCUUCCUGUUUAUUUGGCUAGCUGGUUUGUUCUUCCUUCUAAUCAACUGUUCCAUACUGAUUCAAAUAAUUUCCCACUACAAGGAGGAGCGCCUAACAGAGAGAAUCAAAUACGACUAAUGUGUGUUCGGGAUCUUCCGCAGCCGUCUGUAACAUUCUGAUUAUUCCCUAUGGACUAGAAAAGCUUCGGAUUUUUUUUUCCUACCCGAA